UUGAACAGACGGAGAGCAGCCGAGCAGUCAGGCUGAGCAGAGGAUUAUUAUCAAAGACUUGCCGCUACUCCUCCAUCAAGUUAUGGAUAUUUUUUAAAGCUCUUGAUGAAGUUAUUAAGUUGUAAAUGAUGAGUUCUCAUGUUAUCACCCCUGGACCGUAUCGAGCCACGAAACUGUGGAAUGAGGUGACCCGUUUGUUUCGGGCCGGCAUGCCCCUCAGAAAACACCGGCAGAACUUCAGACACCACGCCUCCUGCUUCACGGCCUCUGCCGCCGUGGACUGGCUGCACCAGCUGCUCCGGAACAACAGCAACUUCGGCCCCGACGUCACAAGGCAGCAGACGGUGCAGCUCCUGAAGAAGUUUCUGAAGAACCACGUGAUCGAAGAUGUGAAGGGUCGCUGGGGCACGGAGGAUCUGGAGGACAACGGAACGCUCUACAGAUUUCCCUCCACCUCUCCUCUGAAGACCAUUCCCCGUGCAGCUCCAACCUCAGCCUCCCGCUCCAUCAAGAAGCGGCCUUCAUUCAGGGACAAGGACGUUUUCUUCAAGUUUAGGAGUAUCAAGAAGCACGACAAGGAGACACAGGAAAAUGUAGAUCCUGCCCUCCAAGGAGGCGGAGAGAAUCAGCCAAUGGGAGAGCAGCAGGUGCCGAGACGAGAGCUGACAGUAGAGGAUGAGCAGGAGAUCUGGAGAGACACCACCCUGACCCACCUGCAGAGGAUUCUGGGAGUUGCGUCUCUUGAUGAAGUUUUGGACCAGCGGUACAUAAACCCACAGAACAUCAUCCACAAUAUGACCAAAGUCAACAAGCACGGGGUGGUUACUCUGGACGACAAGACAAAUGAUCUGCCUCACUGGGUUUUGUCUGCCAUGAAGAGCCUGGCCAACUGGCCCAAGUACGACCGCGAGCAGCCGUCCUAUCCCGGCUUUGAGAGAGACGUCUUCAAAACGGUGUCUGAUUACUUCUACAGCCUCCCGCAGCCGUUACUCACAUACGAGCUGUAUGAACUGUUUAUCAACGUCCUGGUGUUUUGUGGGUACGUUGCAGCGCCCGCCACACACCAACGCGGGAAACGAAAGAAGCAUGACCUCCCCUCGGCGCCUCCUCCGGCCAAAGCGUCUUUCCGCUCCACAGAGUGUCUCCUCCUGUCGCUGAUCAGACAGGGGACAUGCGACGAGACCGAGUCGCCCAUGAGCGACGUGCUCGGCGGGAAGCUUCAGUCCCGGCUGGCGGCGCUGAAAGGAGGUGGCGGUCAGCUUGGCGGUCAGCUUGGCGGUCAGCUUGGCGGUCAGCUUGGCGGCAGCUGCAUCAGCCUGAGUACAGUUGUUUCUAUGAGGCCUCAAUCCAGGAGCUUUUCUAUGGAAACUAUCCUAGACAACUCUGCCCCUCUCACCCGGCAACAGCUUUUUCUCUCCAACGAAAGCCUGGCGUCCUGCGCCCGGAGCUACAGAAGCCAGGAAGACAGCCCUGCAGUCACAACGGCACGCUCUCAUACAGACUUCACAUCAGUUAUUCCUGAAACUGCUUCAGGAGUUGAAACCAGAAAUAGACUGUCUGUGGCGUCUUUCACAGGCGCGUCAGUAACACAUAGGCUGCGUUCUUCACGGCCUCGCAGCGUGGGCAGCUGCCUGGACAUUGUCGUGGAAACAAGAGAGGAAGAGGUGAAGGAAACGAGCAAGUUGCAAGACCGAGCAGCCAGCUGCCUCAACGUGAACACUCCUGCACUCCAGCAUCACUCCGCCUCCUCUUCAUCACGCUGCCCCUCGCUUUCCUCCUUACACCCUCCCGCUUUCUCCUAUCACCCCCUCUCCUCCUUCUCCUCAUCUGCUGCCGCCGAAGCACAAGGGUCGCACGCUGCCGCAGCACCCGUUGGACCCAGACCCGCCGCCAGCACCUCUAAUCUUAGGACGCUCUCUGCGCCCGCUGUUGUCCGGCGCUGCCUCAGCUCUCUGGAUGUGUCGAAGCCGUCUCGACUCGUCUCGCUGCUCAAACCGCCUGUCUGUGUGCCCGCCAGCAGCUCCCAGCCCACUCAAAGCAAACCUGAGCCAAGCCUCCUCCGGCCUCACUGUGAGCGUGUAGCCAUCGAGGCCCUGCAGCUCUGUACGCUCCUCCUCCCCCCCACCUCCCGCAGGAAAUUGCAGUUACUCAUGAGGAUGAUGUCACGCAUCAGCCAGAACGUGGACAUGCCCCGCCUCCACCCCGCCAUCGGCACACGGACACUGAUGGUUCACACGUUCUCCGGCUGCGUCCUGGGCAGCGCUGAGGAGUGUGAUCUGGACGAGCUUCUGGCUACAAGACUGGUUUCAUUCCUAAUGGACCAUCAACAGAGCAUCCUGUCGGUCCCCGAGUACCUGCUCAGUGCCAUCAAUGACCACAUACAGUACCUGCGUGCAGUACAGGUCCCGGUCGAUGGUGUUACUAACGCUGAUGUUGGCGAUCCAGUUUGCGCUCCAAUGCCGAUCUACGCGUUUUGCCAUCAGAUCAGCGGCGCCGAGUUCGAACAGCAAAAAGCGGAAUCUUCUCAAAAAGCCAUGGAGGAGCUGCUGGAGAUCCUGCUGACAGACCAACGCCUGAGUGAGAAGGACAGACGCAAGAAACUGAAACAGUUUCAGAAGCAGUACCCGGACAUCUACAGCCGACGGUGUCCCUCCUCAGACAGGGAAAACAACAAACCAAAGAUUAAACCGCCGCUCCUCAGCAUCAAGAAGACCAAAGCUUUCAGCAUCAGGAACUAAAUUAACUGUACAGGUGACGCCUUUAUAGAAGCCUCAGCUCUUCACAUCAUUAUAACUGCACUCUGGUACUAAGACGUUGGAAAACUGACUUCUCUUUGCAGCAUUUAUCUUUUCCUUGUUACAUUGGAAAUGCUUACACUCCUGUUGUGUGUCAUGUAUGAGCUGAUAUGUAACUUCUGGAGGACUUCUACAAUUGUAUAAGUGUGUGUUAAUGUGUGUGUGUGUGUGUGUGUUGACAGCUGAGUAUAAUGAAGGCAACACCAUGUUUAAAUACAUGUUUUAAUGAAGCAGGGUUUUUUCUUCUGAAAUAUAGUUGUUAUAGUUACACAAGUGUUUUCUCUUUAGCCUUUAUCUUCCUCUCUCAGCUGUCGCCUGUUUUGCUCGCUGAUACUGACCUGUGUGUGUGUGUGUGUGUGUGUGUGUGUGUGUGUGUGUGUGUGUGUGAUUGUGAAGCUGUUUUCACACAUGCACUCCUGAAAAUUGCAGGACAGCCUGCCCCUGAAAUCCUCCCUAGUUGCCCAUUGGGUUAUUCACAUCUGUCCCUCACAGCGAGAAGAACCCGCUGCAUCCUUACAUCAGCUCGCCCUGACUUCAUGUGGAGAUUCACACACAUGCAGCACACCCAGGAGUUUUGGUGCGUGUGUGAAAACGGCUUUAUUGUGUGUAAGAAACAACUUGGGAGAAAAAAUAUGCAAUUGUGAGAUCACUGGUUCACCUGGGAAAUGAUUAGACUUUAGAUUUGUCUUUAUUUAUACAAACAAUGAUGGUGGGAGACGUGUUAGAUGUGUGUUUACUCGAAGAGUUUCUUUUCAUGUUUUUAGAUACUUUACUAAACAUUUUAUAUCUUUGUGUCUGAAGUUUUAUUUUAAACUCAUUCUGAGCCUUUUUGUUUCUUACUCAAACUUUUUAUUCUUAUCCUUUUGAUUUUCCUCUUUUGCCUCCAAUGUGAUUGUGUUUUUUUAUUUCUAUCUGGAUAUUUUGAAUUUUAAGAUCUUAGUUUUUUCUUCGUUUUCUAUUUCGUUUGUCAUGUUUAACCCAUCCCUGAUUAGAGCUUUGGCUAGAGUGAUAUUUUGCACUGGAUUUAGAAAAGUUAGCUCACGUAUCACCAUAAAAAGUUAAUUUAUAAAUAUUUAAUUCUCCCUUCAGAAGGUUAAACUAAGCCCCCGUCAUGUCAAGCUUGACUUAAAUUGUCUCACUGUCUUUUUUUUUCUAUUUAUCCUAUAUGAAGUAUUAGUGCUAGUCUGGUGUGUGUUGAUACCUCAGAUCAGAUGUCCAUCUGUGCACUCAUCAGUUUUACCCUUCAUGUACAUUGUUUACUAUGCAAACCCUGGGAAAUAAACAUGUUCAGCUGUUCUAUUUAAA